CCCGCUUCGCUAAAACCCUCAAAAACCUAACCGCCUCCUUCUACUGAUGCUUCUUUGUUUCCGAAGCUGUGAGAGAGAGUGUCGCAUUCUUAUGCCAUUCUUAUAGCGGCCAGGCGAAUAUGCUUUCCAUCAGUAACUGCACGAUCGAUUGGAAGCCGUCGCCAGUAGUAGCCCUAGCCACCAGCGUCGAUGACUCUCAGGUCGCCGCAGCUCGCGAAGACGGCUCGCUGGAGAUAUGGCUUGUAUCUCCUGGCUCCGUCGGCUGGCACUGUCAGCUGACUAUUCAUGGCGACCCAAAUUCAAGAGUCUCGUCGCUUGUGUGGUGUCGGGCUGGUUCGAAAGGUUUGCCUGGUGGCCGGUUGUUUUCGUCUAGCAUUGAUGGGUCAGUUUCAGAAUGGGAUCUUUUUCACUUGAAGCAAAAGACAGUGUUGGAUUCAAUAGGGUUUUCAAUCUGGCAGAUGGCUGUGGCACCCUUUAAUCAUCAUACAGAACCCAAAUCCCAGCAUAUUGAGAAUGGAUUUUUAAGUAAUAAUUUUGAUGACGGUAGUGAUCAUGAAACAAGUGACAGUGAAGAUGAUCCUGAUUCUGUUGAGCUGCAUGAGGAAUCAAUUUCUUUGGAUCUACCAGUAGCAUUAGCUUGUGAUGAUGGUUGCGUUCGAAUUUACAGUAUUCCCAAAUCAGAUGUGUUAGUUUACACUAAAACGUUGCCUAGGGUCAGUGGGCGAGUUCUAAGUGUGACAUGGAGUUGUGAUGCAAAUAUGAUUUACUCAGGGAGUAGUGAUGGGUUGAUAAGAUGCUGGAAUGCAAAACUGGGUCUUGAAAUCUACAGAAUUACAGUUGGGUUAGGAGGUUUGGGUAGUGGACCUGAGCUUUGUGUAUGGUCAUUACUCUAUCUAAGGUCUGGGACCCUUGUUAGUGCAGAUAGUACUGGUAGUGUUCAAUUUUGGGAUAGUCAGCAUGGAACUCUUCUGCAGGCACAUUCUCAUCACAAGGGUGAUGCAAAUGCUCUGGCAGCUGCUCCUAGCCAUAACAGGGUAUUUUCUUCUGGUUCUGAUGGCCAGGUUAUUCUUUAUAAACUCUCCAGUGACACAACUGAAUCCACUGAUUACAAUUCUUCUGACAUCAUGAAGAAAUGGAUCUAUGUUGGUUAUGUAAGAGCUCAUUCUCAUGAUGUCAGGGCUUUGACAGUGGCUGUACCUAUCAGCCAAGAAGAUCCGGUACCUCAUCAAGCAGUAAAAAGAGUUCGUUCUGGAGAAAAACCUAAUGAUCCAUUAACUGAUCAAGCAGUGAAAGGAAAAAGAGUUCUUCGUUCUAGAGAAAAGCCUAUUGAAUUUAGUUAUCAUAAAUGGGCCCAUUUGGGAGUUCCUAUGCUUAUCUCUGCUGGUGAUGACACGAAGCUCUAUGCCUAUUCUGUGAAGGAGUUCUUGAAGUUCUCUCCACAUGAUAUCUGUCCUGCACCUCAGAGACUACCCAUCCAGCUGGUGCUGAAUACGGUAUUCAACCAAACAUCAUUGCUUCUUGUCCAGGCUUCUAAUUGGUUGGAUAUCCUGCAUGUUCAGACAAAAAAUUCUGCCCGUCCUGAUAUGGCUUCUAAGGGUCUAGCGGCUAAACAUUUAUUGGCUCGAGUUAAGAGUAAGGGAUGUCGGAAAAUCAUUUGCAGCACUAUUUCUAAUUCAGGCGCGCUUUUUGCUUAUUCUGACCAUGUGAAACCCAGCCUAUUCAAAUUGAAAUGUAAAGUUGGUAAAAGUGAAUGGACUGUCAAUAAAAGAGAACUUCCUCAAAAACUACCGUAUGCGCAUUGCAUGGUUUUUAGUUAUGAUUCUUCGCAGUUCCUUAUAGCUGGGCAUGAUAGAAGAAUUUAUGUUCUUGAUGUGAGUAGCUUAGAACUAGUACAUGUAUUCACCCCCUGUCGUGAGAUGCAUGAUGAAGAAUUACCACCUGGUGAGCCUCCCAUAACUAAAAUGUUUACCAGUUUUGAUGGCCAAUGGUUAGCUGCUGUCAACUGCUUUGGAGAUGUCUACAUAUUCAAUCUGGAGAUACUGAGGCAGCAUUGGUUCGUAUCAAGACUGGAUGGUGCCUCGGUCACUGCUGGGGGCUUUUCUCCAUGGCAGAAGAAUGUGCUUAUAGUCACAACCUCGUCAAAUCAGGUAUAUGCAUUAGAUGUUGAGGAGAAGAAGAUGGGGGAUUGGUCAAAGAAGCAUACAUAUGGACUACCGAAGAGAUACCAAGAAUUCCCUGGAGAAGUUAUUGGUCUCUCGUUUCCACCCUCAAAUUCGUCUUCUGUUAUUAUAUAUAGUGCGAGGGCUAUGUGCUGGAUCGACUUUGGCAUGUCAGUGGAUGGAGAUGGUGACAACCGGAUGAUAAAUGGUCAGGAUACAGCGUUGAGAAAUUUACGCGAUAUUCCUGUGAACAACAAACUGAAACGUAAAUUGAGAGAGUGUCAAAUUAAACAACUCCUUGGUAGAAAAAAUUUUGACAUUUAUACUUUCAGAAAUCCUGUUUUAUUUAUCGGCCACCUUUGCGAAAAUCAUGUCUUGAUCGUAGACAAACCAUGGAUUGAAGUGGUUAAAACCUUUGACACCAAACCGGUACACAGACACAUUUUUGGGACUUAACUACUCUGUCAGAAGACGGAUAAUUUACAAUAUGAGGGAGAUGGAGUUUGACAAUCAAUCUCAUCAAUAUCAAGUGUUACACUUCCUUCAGUCUUUGUGGUCUGAAGUAUGUUGUGUACUGUAUUCUAUUUAAAAUUUUCAGUUAACAUGUUAAAUGUAGUUUUGUUUUGGUCUUCCAUAAUUCUUGAUGUCUCAGUUUAGAGGAACUAUGUUUUGUACAUCCAUCGAUUCUUUAUAUGAGUAAAAUCUUUUUGA